AUGAAAAUUUUGAGUGAUUUUUGGCAUCUUUCUAGUAGUGCCUCUGAAAAUUUGGAAAGAACUCAAACUGAUUUCAAUGUGAAUAAAAAAUCGAAAAAUCUAGACUCUGGCUCUGAAGUCAUGGCAAAAAUAUUCAAAGAAGCAGAAGCACAAAAUGAUGCUAUAAAAUUUGUAUACGAGAUUGAAAUAGAUCAAGAUAUUCUUGAUGCUGUUUCUUUAACUAAACAUGAGUUAAAUAAUAAUGAUUUAAAAACAAUUGAGAAUAAAUUUCAUCAACUUGCCCAUGCAUUUAUCAUGCCACUUGAGUCAGGUUCUGGCUAUUAUUGGGAAGAUAGAAAAAACCAAAGCUCCAAUUAUCUAAAAGAAUAA